CAUCGAGCUGCGGUGGUUCUUCGCAUUGUCUCUGAAUUUAAUAAGUUUGCCUCGUGUGGGGGUAAUGGUCGUCUUAAUAUGCCAGCUAAGUUCUUCCUUUGGUUUGGGUAUUGUAGUAAUUGUCCUAAGGUUGCACUUACUGGUAAAGAUAAUAUAUCAUUU